CAGACGCAGCUCUGCAGUCCAGACGCAGCGCGCGCCGGCUGGGAGUUCCCACUUUGGUUGAAGUUUAACUUCCAGCGCCUCGCGUCACCGAACGGCUCCACCAUGCUCACCGAGGGAGGGGGGGGAGAAGAGGCGACAGAAAGAGGAACAAUGCUCCUGACUUGAGAGUAGUGAUCCGAGUGGGAAUGCGCGCCUCCGCGCUGUAGUCGGUACACGGUUGACUCGGGAGCCCGUUUGUGUCACAACGCGCGUCGCGUCGCGGGGGAACUGAACUCGCGGCUGUGGUGAUGGAGAGCCGCGCGCUGGCGACGUGGGUGCUGCUGUGCGCGCUCCUGCGGCCGUCGGGCACACAGAACACCGCACCCGAAGGAGUGCUGAACUGCUGCGAGGGAGACGUUCUCUUCUUGCUGGACUCCUCGGGCAGCGUGUCGUCCUACGAGCACUCGCGCAUGCUCACCUUCCUGUCGGAGCUCCUCCUCCCCUUCUCGCUGGGGGAGGACCAGGUCCGAGUGGGACUUCUGCAGGUGGGCACCCGGCCGCGCCUGGAGUUUGGCUUCGACACCCACAGGUCCCAGAGCGGCCUCCAGGGGGCCCUGAAGAACGUCAAGCCGGUGAGGGGGGACACCAACACGGUGGAGGCUUUGAGAAUGGCCAAGGAGUUGGCCCUGACGCCCGGAGCGGCCGGCGGGGCCCGGGAGGGGCUCCCGAGGGUGCUGGUGUGGCUGACGGAUGGGGUGAAGCCGGGCGACGUGAUGGGGCCGAUGGCCAGGCUGCGAGAGGAGGGCGUGGCGGUGCUGGUGGUCUCCACCGGCCACGGAAACUUCCAGGUUUUGAAGCAAGUGGUGACUCCGCCGGUGGAGAGCAACCUGUACUUUGUGGACAUCGAUGACAUGAGCAUCAUCACAGACGACCUGCGGGACGCCAUCAUCGAGAUCAUUCGUGCCGAGCGCAUCACGGUCCGCGACGUCGCUACCGACUCGGCCACGCUCCAGUGGCGGCCCGUCCUCUCCGGUUUGACGGGCUACUACGAGAUCCGCUACGGCUCGGUGCCGCCGGGCGGAGCGGGCGUAGGAGGGAGCGGGACCAGUCCGGGCACCGGCGGUGUGCGCUACCAGAGGCUGACCCAGGCUGCAGAUUCCAGCAGCGCCAGGCUAACGGGCCUGAAGCCCGACACCACGUACAGCGCCACGCUGACCCCGGAGUCCAACGAUCAGGCGUUUAACACGCUCUCCAUCACCUUCAAAACCAAACCAGAUGUGCUGAGCCCCGCCGUGGUGACGGUCUCUGAGUCGGGGCAAACCAGCAUCCGGGUGAGUUGGGGUCCCUCUCAGCCAGAGAGGGUCUCGAGUUACCACGUGGAGUACUCCGCCUUGCCCAGGGGCGAGCUUCACUCCGUCACCGUGGCCGGGACUCAGGACUCCACGCUCCUGAGGGACCUCCAACCGGACACCACGUACCUGGUGACGGUCAGUGCCCGCCACACCUCGGGCACUGAGAAGGCCAUGUCUGUCAAAGUGUGCACUCAGGAAGUGACUCCGGCCCUGGCGGACCUCCAGCUGACCACGUUGGGCAGCGACGAGGUGCAGGUGGACUGGAGCGGCGGCGCGGGCGCUCUGAGGGGCUACUGGCUCACCUGGGAGGGACAGCAGAGCUCGCUCCGAGGCCAGGGCUCCGCCCUCUAUUUGCCUCCCGACUCCCUGUCGACACGCCUCACCCGCCUCCCCCCGGCGACCCGAGUGUGUGUGUCGCCCAUUUACCGGACGGCGCGGGGCGAGGGGCUGUGUUGCACGGCACAGUUCCAUUCAAACGCAUUAUCAUACGGGUAACAUUCAUAGCACCCCCUUAAGCUGCAAGUGCUCCCCACCAAUCAUGGAGCCACGAUGAAGGCAAGGAGAAUGCUGACUUUUCCUCCACAAUCCUUUUCCGUUGCCUCGCCCCCGUGUGGACGGCGUCCAGCAGAGCCGUGCGGUUUGGCUCUCUGAGCCCUCAUGUGGAAGCCAUAGACACUUGAGAGUGGUCCGGGACUGCUACAACGUCCAGCACAGGGGACAAUUUGCCUUUCCAUUUUCAUUCUCGUCCCACCUGUAAGUGAGGUAUAAUGUUACAGUUUAGAAUUGCAAGCGUGACAUGAAGAUUUCUCUUGGGUCUGUUUUUUUCUUUUGUUGCAGAGACCGAGCGGGGCAUGCUGGGAAUGUUGGAUAUAUUUUGUGGCUUAUUCUGUAGAGAGGCUUUGCACCAUAUGCGGGCCUCAUGCCCAAAUUAGCAUAUUUUUCUCCAAAUCCUGCUAACACACAGAGAACAUCUGAUUUACAUUUAUAAUGAAUACUUGUACUUAAAUAACUGCUUUCAGAACUUGCUUGAUACUAAUGUGUGCAGCAAGGGCACGUUAACGCAAAGUCCCUAAUAACAGGGUCUUCAGGAUUGCUUUGAAGAGAGCCUCCACAUGUCCCGUCCCUGUGGAGACACUGAGUUUGAAACAAAGGCACUUAAUUGAGAAUCAUUUCUGUCAGGGGACAUGGAUCCAUUAUUCAUAUUUAUUCGUCAUGAAUCAUGUAAGUAUGAUAAUCAAUAGCGCACAGUAUAUACAGACAUUCUGUUUAUAAUUAAGACUGUUACCUUCUUUUUAAGCAAGUCUCUGCUUCCCCCUGCUGAAAGGAUCCUAGGCGAUCUUUGACUGGUAUGCGCUGAGCAAAUGUAAUGUUUAAUGAUGGUUGACCACUAUUCAAAUGUAACAUGUAUAAUAGAAAAAUUUAAUAAAGUCCUUUAAUAAUGUU